AUGUCGUUCCUCGGUGGACCAGAGUGCUCGACGGCGGGUAACCCUCUGACGCAGUUUACAAAGCAUGUUCAAAAUGACAAUACCCUGCAAAGAGAUCGCCUAGUAGGGCGAGGGCCGGGCGGAAUGGAAGACAGCAUGCGUUCCAGAGUCGCUCCAAAUGGGUCCGAUCAAAUGAUGAACGACUUCAUGCAGCAGCCUGGCCAAGCGCCACAGCCCUUUGCUAUGGAUCAGCUACGGCAAGACCUCCCACACGCCCACUCCUUGACCCGAAGAACGCCCUCUCCCGGCUGGUCGAAUGAAUUCGAUCCGGGCCAACAGGCUCGGAUGGAAGCCGCUUUUGCCAAUUCUCAGAUGGGCCCCCAGCGCCACAACAAUUUCAGUACUGCCGAGUUUGCGCGAUUCCAGCAUUCAGGCUCAUCCAGUGCACAGCAGAGCUCGACUCCUGUGCAGCAAGCCCCAUCAUAUGCUCCCAGCUACCAGAGCCCAAUGAGCAUGGGGAUGAUGGGUGGUGGAAUGGGUAUGAUGGGCAUGGGGUAUAACAGCAUGCCUAUGCAUCAACAGCCUGAUAUGACAACCGGCAAGGGUAAGGAGAAGCUCGUCGAGCUAGACGACAAGAACUGGGAAGAGCAGUUUGCAGAGCUCGACCAAGACAACCUCUCUGAACAAGCUAAUCAGGCCAUGGAACGUGAACUGGAAGAGGUCGACAGGUCAGUGCAAUCCGAGACAGAUCAUUUUGGCGAUUUUGAAAAUGUUUGGCGAGGAAUACAAGCUGAACAUGCCUCCAGACAAAUGACCGAAGACGUUGAUUUCGAUACCACUUUCUCCAACGAAGACCUCGCUGCGUGGGAGAACUUUGAUUCAUCACUAGGCAUGGGCAGUCACAGUCCAUGGGCGAGAGAACCAAUGCUCGGGGAAUACAUGUUUGAAGCCAACAAUCCUUUCCUCGAGCAAGCAAACCCGUCCAGGUCUGCCUUCGACCAAGGAGUGGAGAUUCUGCAAUCUCACGGCAACCUGUCUUUGGCUUCUUUGGCUUUCGAAGCUGCUGUGCAGCAGGACCCGAACCAUGUGGAAGCAUGGACUUAUCUUGGCUCAGCUCAGGCGCAGAAUGAGAAGGAAUCACCGGCUAUCCGGGCCCUAGAAAAAGCUAUUCAGCUGGAUCCCAACAAUCUAGAUGCAUUGAUGGGGCUGGCUGUGUCAUACACGAAUGAGGGGUACGAAACGACAGCAUACAGAACGCUUGAGCGGUGGUUGAGUGUCAAAUAUCCUCAAGUUCAUGCGCCCGAUCAAGUCUCUGAAGCAUCCGAUGUCGGCUUCACGGAACAAACCAUAUUACACGAAAAGGUUACGAACCUCUUCAUAAAAGCCGCCCAGCUCUCACCAUCCGGUACUCAGAUGGAUCCGGAUGUUCAAGUGGGCCUUGGUGUCCUAUUCUACGGCGAUGACGAUUUUGACAAGGCUGUGGAUUGCUUCAACGCUGCUCUCGCAUCACACGAGACGGGCAUCACUAACCGAGAAAGCCAGGUGCAUUUACUGUGGAAUCGAUUGGGCGCAACCCUUGCAAACUCUGGAAAGUCAGAAGACGCAAUUGCGGCGUACUGCAAGGCGCUUGAACAUAACCCAAAUUUUGUACGGGCGCGGUACAACUUGGGAGUUUCCUGCAUCAACAUAGGAUGCUAUCCGGAGGCUGCUGGUCAUCUGCUGGGAGCUUUGAACCUACACCGAGUGGUGACAGACGAAGGCUUGGAUAAGGCGCGAGAGAUUUUGAAAGAUGGUAACGGCAACGAUGUUCCGGACGCAGAACUGGCACGCAUGAUACAACAAAACGAGAGUACGAAUUUAUACGACACUUUGCGACGAGCUCUGAGCGGCAUGGGACGGCGAGAUUUGAUGGAACGGGUUGGCAAUGGAAUGAACCUGGACCAAUUUAGAGGCGAGUUUGAUUUCUAG